AUGCGUUUAAUUAUUCGUCUAGUACCACGAUUAGUUCGUUCACGACGACGAGUUUCUUUUUUAUUUUCCACUAGUAUUCUUAUUAGUUUAAUAAUUAUUUUAUUUGUGAUCAAUCACGAUCAAGAAUCAAAAGUUUCUCUAAAUAACCCGGUCAAAACAUAUGAUAAACAAUUGGUGUUAUCCCAUAAUGUGACUACAUUAUUUCAAAAAACUAUUCCUAUUCAAAAAAAAAUCACAUGGCCACUAGAUGAACAAGGUCGUUCAUUAAAAACUGAUUUCAUAGUUCUUGAUUGGACAGGAUUCUUUGGUGCUGCAGCUGGUGAAGGUGAACGUGUACACUGUCCAUCAUCAAAUGCCAUGUUUACAUGGACUCAUCAAAAAAAUCGAAUUGAUGAUAUUGAUUUUAUUAUUUCACAUGAUGCUGGUGCAGGCUUAAGCAUUCCAUUUGAUCGUUUAAGUCUUAAUAAUGAUCGACAGCAAUAUACAAUGGCAUUUAUCAUAGAAAGUGAAGUGCACUCUUCAACAGGCGAUGCUUGGGCUAGAUUUAAUUUUAAAAUGACAUAUAAUCUUGAUGAUAGCUAUCCAGAACCAGCAACUUAUUUCGAUAUGAAUCCAUUUAUUAUUGAUUUACUCAAACCACCUGUUGUACCUUUUGAAAGUAAAGAUAAGCAAGCCGAUGUUGUAUGGAUUAUUUCAAAUUGUCAUGUAAGGAGAUGUUGA